GUUCCCAUAAUUCCCGCCAUAUUUAAGUAAACAAACUCCUGUCAAAAUUGCAGAUUUCUAGUGUUUACAUCAGUAAAUUCUGGUUGGUCCCAGAUUCAAAAUUUCAUGAAUAAUUCAAGUUGGCAAAGUCAGUGAGAUGGAUAAGAAGAUUACAAGCUUGGCGGAGGAGAAUAAGCUGGAGGAGCUACGGGCCUGUCUCCAAAAUGCUAGCAAUGAUGAGUUAUGCCAAAUGAUAGAGAGGAAAGUGCUGAAAGGAAGAAAUGACACAUUUACACUGGUCAGAGCUGUACUUCUGGGUUCACCCAUAGAGAGUCCUGGCAGUGUAGAUCGUCGAUGUGCCGUGUACAGACAGUGUAUAUCAGCACUACAGAAGAACGAACUCAACAACAAGAUGGCCUCUGAGCUGAUCGGGCUUCUCAUGUUGGAGGCAGACAGUUUACCCGGCCAAACCUUGGCUGAGCUGGCUGGGAUCUACAUCGACUGUAUCAAGUCUGACACCCCACCCACAUCCAAAUGUCUAGAAUUGCUUCCAAAGAUCCUGUCAGCGCUUGGUUCCCAGGAUCGGGUGGUGUAUGCCGGGAACCAAAUGAAGGGCACAGAGUACAAGGGACACGUCCUUAACUCUAUAUGCUCUUGCAGAUGGUCUGCAGGGAGCGUUGUUCACCUGGCCGCCAUGUUUAAGGACGUGCCGCUGACGUCGGAUGAGCUGAGAUUCGUCUUAGAGAAGGUGUUACGCAUGUUACCGGAGCUUGACAUGGGCGAUAUUCCAGCUCUAACAUACCAGCUGCUUCUACUCUCAACAAAGGGCCACAAAAAGCUGGUGUUAGAAGGAGUCAUAAAGUUCUUCUCGGACCAAGACAGCAAGCACAGACACACAGAUGAGCAGCAGGAAUUCAGUGAGGACUUGCUUGAUGAAACAGGUGCCAGUCUGGAGACUCUGAGACUGACUGAGGGUACAGCCAUUCUUCACAUCAGCCUUACCGUGAAAGAACAUCAGGAUCUUGGACGAGAGUUCAUCAAGUGUCUAAAGAGUAACCAGAACUGUGGAGCAGGGAAGACAUUGUCACCAUUCUCUUUUGCCAUGGCCCUGUCCCUGGCUAGGAUUAAUAGGUUCAAAGAUCAGAUAUUCGACUUCCUGAAGUCUACUGUGUUAAAGAGUUACCGAGAUGUAGAGAGACAUGGCCAGUCCAGCUGGCUUCAAGACAUUGUUCCAGACACCUCCGCAGUGGAUGAUUACAUCAUGCAAACUGUACAAAACAGCACAUAUGGCUGGGACCAUGUAAUCCAAGGUCUGGUGGAGCUUGGUUUCCUGCUCAUGGAUGCAUUCGGACCUAAGGCCCCGUUCGGACGGAUUGACCUGCAACCCAGCAUGCCCUCUGGGCCCACACACCAGGCUUGCAAGCUGGGAACCAAGAUACUCCUGAAAACAUUCAAGUCUCAUGAGAUGGUUCGUAGCGAGAUUCUGGACCAGAUAUUUAACCGAAUCAUCACCAAGGCAACCACCCCUGUUUCUCACUUCCUUGAGUUGCUUGGUGACAUAGUGAUGGCUUCACCAGCUAUGUUGUUAGACUCUGUUGCCAAGGUGCGUGAGAUGUUUGACUAUGUGUCGAUGCUGUCCCCUGGCUCGGCAGAGGGUCUACUAAGGGCCAUACAACCCCUUUUGAAACAUUCAAUGGCCCUCAAAGAUGCACUGAUGGUCACACUACGCAAGGCCAUGUUCUCACGACAACUGGAGUCUCGUAAGAUCGGGGCGAGCGGGUUCCUGAUGGUGCUGAAACAUUUCAGGGUGCUUGGUGGGGUAAGGUCCAGCCAGGCUUCACAAUCGUCUCUCUCAACUAGCCAGAUUGAGGUGGACAUCCACAGUGUAGUGAGCCCCUCCAGUCACGAGGGCCUGUGUCUGGAGAUCCUUGGUAACCUGAGACGCUGCCUCUCCCAGCAGGCUGACGUCCGGCUCCUACUGUACCAGGGUUUGAUAGAAGUACUUGACCGUAACAGCCAGUUAGGGGAGGCAAUCCUGUCCAUGCUCCAGGCCCAGUUGAAGAGUUAUUAUGAGAGGAAUACCGACAUUAGCCCACCACUAAGACUUGACACCUGUAUUAUCGGCCAAGGGGAGCAGGUGUUUCUUGCGGAACCACUGGCACAUCUGAUUUGCUGUAUACAGCAGUGCCUUGUGAAGUGUCGUGAACAGUCUGGGCAGGGAGAGAGUGAGGGGGGAGGGGAUGAAGAUGAUGGGGAUGGGGCAUCAGAGCUGGAGGGGGUAAUGUCCAACCUCACUGACCGCAUGAUCACUGCUGAGAUGGAGGACUUUGAACUGGACAAGUCUGCAGACUACUCGCUUGCUAACUGUGUUGGUGUUAGAAAUAACAUCUUCGCCAUCCUGAUCCUGGGGACAUAUGAGGCCCUCAUGGAGUAUGCAUUUCUGGCUGGAAAACUGAGUGAGACGAGAGUACGGCAUAUUCUACAAUUGUAUGAAAACUACCGCAAAUUGAGCGAGGUGGUUCGCGAGAAAGCCGGAGGUGCAGGUGGCAAAAAAACCAAGUCGGUUGCCAAGGCUCCACAGAGUCUCCUAUCACUGAAGAUGGUCACACAGAUACUGCAUGUCACGAUUGGGGACAGUGAGAAAGAUUCUGAUCUCCGUGAAAGCCUGGUAAUGACGUCUGACUUCCUCAAGUACAUACUCGGUGUGGCCCUGCAGAAACUGGUUCAUCUCCAGGACAAUGGUUACUGUGAGGGAAUAGAGGGAAGGUGUAAACCCAGGAUUUUUCUGUACACAUCACAGCUAGCAGGGUUAUUGCUGGGAUACUACAUACGUAGCCAGGGUGAUGACAGGAAUCCCGGUGUGAGGGAGAGGCAGAUUGUAACCUUGACCUUGGAGGGCCUAGGGUCAGCAAUUGCCAUAGCAACACAGCAGUACUCUUCCCAACUGGACAAGUUCCUUGACAGUCUAGAUCUUGAAGGCAGUGACAGACAGCAAUUUGAAAGCUUGGAUGACAAGAUCUACUUCAACAUUAAAUACCUACAGAGACAGUUGGCCACAGUGCUGGGUGGGGAUGAAGACCAGCGGUGUUGGAGACAGGUGGGCCUGCUACUGGGGGUUAUACAGCAUCUAUGUAUGGCCCUGUCCCCUCGGUAUAUGCAGUGUGAACACAUAGUUGCUUGGCUGGAGAAACACGCUCGGGAACAGGCUAUUGAUGACCUUUCCUUGGUGAAGUCAUUGUUGACCAUGCUUUUGACGUUGGGACGGAGAUGGCGGGGAAAUGUGGUUGCACUGAGAGACCUCGCCCAGGACAUUCACUCUCAGAUAGGAGAUAUUGAUCCAGACAUAGAGAUGGAUGGUUGUACCAACUUUGCUGUGGUCAGUGUGCGGUCAGCAGCCCCAACUGUUCUGCAACUAGUUGUCCAGCAGUCUGACCAAGAACUGGAUGACAUUGACUGGGUCAUUUCUCGUACCAGGGCUGAACACCAGGUAGCAGUCACUGGCCAGACAGGAGGAGAAUCGCCCCAGCUAACUCAGAGAGAAGGCCAUGAGAAAUCAAUCUGCACCAGACUUGGGAUGUUGGUGAACACUCUUCAUGAGCUUGUGCAGACUUCCCUGCCUGUGGGCACCUGCACAGAACACCUGCUGAAACUUCUUGUGCGCAUCUAUACCACUCUCACCAGUCUUGUCAAAUAUAACCUGUGGAUGUACACCAGCGGGAGUGGUCACAUGUCUGGCAGAUUUGAAAAGCUGGUGAAACUUUCGGGAUCCAAUCUUACCCAGCACUGCUACGCUAUAAUAACUUACAUACAGGCAACUGAGAGUGAGAAAGUCCAGCAUGCAGCCCCUGACAAGGGGAAAAAGAAGAAAGAUGGCAAGAAGGCAGCUCCGCCUGCGGGCAAGGGCAGCAUGUUGAAACAGACAAGGACCAUACCUAACCUGGUAUUUGCAAUAGAACAGUAUGAGCGCUUCCUUAUACAGCUCUCCAAGAAGGCAAAGGUAAACUUGAUGGAACACAUGAAACACAGUACAUCUAGGGAUUUCCGUAUCAACCCAUCAGUGUUGGCCCGCGUCGCUGAGGAGCAACAGGAGAGUAGUGGUGACGAGAGCGAUGGUAGCCUUGACAACAGUAGCCAUGACGAUACACACACACAGGGGGACGGACAGAGAGUGGUCAAUAGAGACUCGAGCAGUGAUGGAAGUGACCAGGAAAAUGACCACUCAGUCGUCAACCGGCCGCAGGUCAGCCAGGAACCGGCUAAGAAAAGACCAAGGCUCGGAACCAAACGCAAGGGGAAAGCAAGCAGCUGAUUGGUUGAGAGGAGUUAUAAUGAAUCGAUGAAUGUGAUGGGGUUUUUUGGUGCUUUUUAGCUUGUCAGAUUUUUUAAGAAAAAAAUUGUGGCAGCCUUGGUAACGUUUUCACUGGCAUGCAAAAGCUUGAACCUUGGACAUAAAUAAAAAACUGUUCAAUAUAUUUAAAUAAAACUUGGUACUCAUGUUGCCAGAGAUAAUGCACAGCCCAUAACUCUGGGUUCAAUUAUUAUUGAGUUAUGCCCAUUUUGAUUAAAAAUCAAUAGACAAGCGUUUGCUCUGUGGCGCUGUUCUUACAGUUAUAUUAUGUCACUUGUUAAGAGCAAAAACAAUAAAUUAUUGCUGUAUUAUUAAGAUUCUUAAAAAUUGUUAUUUCUGAUUUUAUCACAAUGAAAAUGUUUCUAUUCACGUUAUUUAGAUUUUUAUGAUUCGUUUAUACUUGCUUAAGCAUUAUUCUGGGAACAAGGUUAUUGGUAUAAUGAUAAUUUUAGCUUGUCUCUUAAACAAUGUUUAUUGAAGAAAAAAAAUUGAGGUAUGUUCAUUGUCGGUGGCAUUGGCAUCAUUGUUGUGCAUCUUUUUCAACCUUGGUCAUAACUCAAACCCCAUUGAAAUGAAACUUGGUACACAUGUUGACAGAGGCAAUAUGCAAAUAGAUAGCAAGGGCCAUAACUUUGGUUUAAAUAACUACCGGUAUUGAGUUAAGUCUCUUGUUUGACUGGAAAAACAAGAACAGAAGAAUGUUGGCUUUUGCCUUGUGGCGUUCUUGCAAAUUUUUCUUGAGUCAAUGGUAAGGUAUGUUCGUAGCAGACUAUUGAAUUUUAUACAAGAUCCACAAUUUUAAAAUACUGAUACUGGAAUAUACAGUACACAAUGUUUGCCCAUGCAAUGUUAGUUCCAUUUGUUCUGUUAUCUGUAAGUUAAUUGCACUAAAGACCUUUUGCAUAAUAAUAAUUAAUUUGUUAUUGAUUGAAUUUGGUUAUUGUUAAAAGACACUGUGGAUAUUGAUUGAAACAUUAUUAACCAAUACUCAUAACGAUUAAAUUCUUAAACCUUGA